AUGACCUGCUCUGCUGCCACUGCCCCUUCUGGCUGUGAAAGCCUCAACGACCUGCGCUGCUGCCACGGCCUCUUCUGGCUGUCAAAGCCUCGACGACCUGCGCUGCUGCCGCAGCCCCUUCUGGCUGUCAAAGCCUCGAUGACCUGCUCUGCUUCCACUGCCUCUUCUGGCUGUCAAAGCCUCGAUGACCUGCGCUGCUACCUCUGUCUCUUCUGUCUGUCAAAGCCUCAACAACCUGCGCUGCUGCCACUGCCUCUUCUGGCUGUCAAAGCCUCGAUGACCUGCUCUCCUGCCACUGCCCCUUCUGGCUGUCAAAGCCUCGAAGACCUGUGCUGCUGCCACUGCCUCUUCUGGCUGUCAAAGCCUCGAUGA